AGUCAUUUAAAAGUCAUUUGACAUGUUAAUAAGAAUUUUGUAUAAAUUUUAAUCAAAAAAUCGAUUAUGAGUUCGGAACUGGAUGAGGAAGAAGUGUAUGUGGCGUGCCAGAUAUGCCAGACGCAUUUUGAUGUGGACACCCUUUUGGAAACUUCCAAUAAUGAGUUUUAUUGCGGAGACUGUUUUAAGAAAAGUAUUAAGGGUAGGAAAUCGGACAAUUCGGGUCAUAGGACUGAACAGAAACCUAAACAGUGGGGAAGAAAGUUAAUUCCUUCUCCUGAAAUGUAUACUGAUAAUAAUGAUCUAGCAAUUAGUUUGUACAAUGAGAGCCCUAGUGUUUUGUCUCUGUCAUACAGACCUCUACGUUGCCCAAAAGUAGAAUGCAACAAGUACAUAUCCGUAUGCACUUUGGAGAAUCACAUUAAACACGAGCACAAGGAAAUCCCAAUUAUGUUAACUCGUUUCGAUACCAGAUGUGGAAUCGAAGAUUUCGAUCCGUGCAAUUCCAAAUAUAAAAUUCCCAAGUGCCUUGCCGUUUUGAAAAUUAACGACGAAAGGUUAUCCAGUUCUAUGACCAAAAUCAGGCACCCCCAAGAAGAUCAAUACUUGAUGAUGGCCGUGAUGUGUGCGAGGAUAGCAGACGAUCCAGAAAGUCCUUACGGGAUGUCUUACGAUGACAAGGUCAUUAUCUGGAUAGCCUCGGAUGUCCAGACUAACUUAAGUUACUCUGUUGCGGUGUCCACGUUCAAAAAUGAUUGCAAAUGUAAGGAAGGCAUUAUGAAAAAGUUUUAUGGUCCGCUACUGACCCUUAACGAAUCCGCCGACGAUAUUCUCCAAAGCGGUUACUGUUUGGUUCUGACGUACCGCCACUGUAUUGAAAUGACCGAUCGCGGGGCCAGUUCUUUGAUUUUGGAUUAUGUGGUGCAUUUAUGAAAAUUAAACAAAAAGUCUUAAUUUA